GAAUAUGAAGGAAAAGGAAAAUUGAAUUAGCAUCUCGUUUAGAUUCCAAUGGCGAAGCCCAAAUAGGAAAUAGCAAUAGCAUACAACAGAGACAGGAGAAAGAAAUCAGCCUUUCGGAGUUGUCAAGAGUCUUAACCCUUUCGACAUUUCCGAAGCUUCUUUGCCUAUUCAUAUUUUGGUCUCCCUUUUCCUUCUUUUUAAUUACUACUUAUUAGAAAGAUCAGUUGCUGUUCAACCGAUUGAAAAACACACGCCCGACGUAAUUUGUUCAACACAAAUUCCAAGCCAAAGUUGAUACUAUAAUGUCUGCACUCUCUUCACCAAAUCACUGCUGCUCCUCCUCCUCAUCUCUUCAUUCCUCUAUUGGGUUUCAUCAGAUUCACAAAAACAUCCCUUUCUCUGUGAUUCCUCACAAGAUUUUUGGUUCAAAAAAUGUUUCUUUCCGAUCCAAAUGCAGCCCUUUGCCUGAUGUCCUUCUCAUGCAAGAUGGUGCUUUGGCAACAAAAUUGGUUGCCACCAAUGAAGGUCCUCCUCUUCCGAAGGAAUUGAAGGAGGGCUUGUUGACAGUUAAUCCUCCAGAAGAAGAUGAAAACCCGAUUGAUUCGGAUGCCAAGGAUGCUAAUUCGACUGUCAGUAUUACCAUUGUAGGGGCCUCUGGGGACCUUGCCAAGAAGAAGAUAUUUCCUGCUCUUUUUGCACUUUACUAUGAGGAUUGUCUUCCUGAGCACUUCACUAUCUUUGGCUAUGCCCGUAGUAAGAUGACUGAUGCAGAAUUGAGAAAUAUGGUUAGCAAGACGCUUACUUGCAGGAUCGACAAGAGGGAAAAUUGUGGUGAAAAGAUGGAACAGUUCCUUAAGAGAUGUUUCUACCACUCUGGUAACUAUGACUCUGAGGAAAAUUUUGCAGAGCUUGAUCGGAAGCUCAAGGAGCAUGAGGCUGGAAGGAUUUCGAAUCGACUCUUUUACUUAUCAAUUCCACCAAACAUAUUCGUAGAUGCUGUAAAAUAUGCAAGUCUUUCCGCUUCUUCAGUUAAUGGAUGGACCAGAGUCAUUGUUGAGAAACCUUUUGGCCGAGACUCUGAAUCCUCUGCUGCUUUGACUAGAUCUCUCAAGCAGUACUUAGAGGAGGAACAAAUAUUCAGGAUAGAUCAUUAUCUCGGAAAGGAGCUAGUCGAGAACCUUUCUGUCCUGCGCUUCUCCAACCUUAUUUUCGAGCCCUUAUGGUCAAGAAAGUAUAUAAGGAAUGUUCAGCUGAUAUUCUCAGAGGACUUUGGCACCGAAGGAAGAGGAGGUUACUUUGAUCAUUAUGGAAUCAUCAGAGAUAUAAUGCAGAACCAUCUCCUCCAAAUACUAGCCCUAUUCGCCAUGGAGACGCCAGUGAGCUUGGAUGCCGAAGAUAUCAGGAACGAAAAGGUUAAAGUUUUGCGCUCCAUGAGGCCUAUACGUGUAGAUGAUGUUGUUGUAGGACAAUACAAGAGUCACACGAGAGGAGGACAGUCUUUCCCCGGUUAUACAGACGACAAAACAGUGCCCAAGGAUAGUUUAACCCCAACCUUUGCAGCUGCAGCGCUUUUCAUAGAUAAUGCUCGAUGGGAUGGAGUACCUUUCCUAAUGAAGGCUGGGAAAGCUUUACAAGAUAAGAGGACUGAGAUACGAGUCCAGUUUAGACGUGUUCCUGGCAAUUUAUACAAUCGGAACUUUGGCACUGAUCUUGACCGGGCAACAAAUGAGCUUGUAAUCCGCGUUCAGCCCGAUGAAGCUAUUUAUCUGAAGAUCAAUAACAAGGUCCCGGGUUUGGGAAUGAAAUUGGACAGAAGUAAUCUUAAUCUUCUGUAUAAAGCAAGGUACUCCAAGGAGAUACCAGAUGCGUAUGAGAGGCUCGUUCUAGAUGCCAUUGAAGGCGAAAGGAGACUCUUCAUCAGGAGUGACGAACUAGAUGCUGCUUGGUUGCUCUUCUCACCUGUGCUGAACGAGAUCGAGGAAAAGAAGGUGAUCCCGGAGUACUAUCCGUAUGGAAGUCGAGGCCCAGUUGGGGCGCAUUACCUUGCAGCCAGGUACAACGUUAAAUGGGGUGAUAUGGGUGUUGAUGAAUGAAAUCUUUAUCAUUUUUUCCUAGCUUACAACUGUGGAAUUCUUCAUUUAUUUAUCUUUUUGAGUUUACUAUUCACACCUUUUCUUGAUUAGAUGAUGCUGAAUUAUUGUGAGUUAAAAGAAAAAUCAGCCUCAAUGUUUCCAUUUUUUCUCGGUGCUCUACUAGUAUUUGAUUUUCUUUUAUUUUACUUCAUGGACAAGAAAUAUAGUAUGUAAAAUCAAACGAUUUUCUCAUUUGAUUGUUAGUACAAGGCACAUUGCGUGGUCAUAA